GGAAUGAAUGUUUCACAGGUGUCAUAUUUCACUCUCAGUGCCUACUUUUACAUCGGUCUCUUUAAGUACGUUGUUUUCCUUUUCCUCAUGUGUGUUUACUUCUUCAUCAUAUCGUCUAAUGUGUUGCUAAUUACGGUGAUCUGUGUGAACAGGAGCUUACACAAACCUAUGUACAUGUUUCUGUGCAGCCUGUUUGUGAAUGAACUGUAUGGUAGCUUAGGCUUGUUUCCCUUCCUGCUGGUUCAGAUCCUCUCAGAUGUUCACACAGUUUCUGUUCCUCUCUGUUUUCUGCAGAUCUUCUGCCUCUACAUGUAUGUAAACGUAGAGUUUUAUAACUUAGCCAUCAUGUCUUAUGACAGAUAUCUGGCCAUCUGUUACCCUCUGCAUUACAACAAGCAGAUGCAGAGGAAUACAGUUAUCAAACUGGCUGUUUUGACAUGGUUUCUCCCUCUGCUUAACAUAAUUGUAAUGAUUUCACUGAAUGCCUCCUCUCGGCUGUGUGGAAACAUAAUUGACAGAGUUUUCUGCAUCAAUUAUUAUGUUACAAAGUUAGUGUGCAGCAGUGCAACAGCCAGUAACAUCUAUGGGCUGGUCUACACUUUCACUGUUCCCUUUAGUCUCACUGCGCUGAUCGUCUACACAUACGUGAGGAUCCUGAAAGUGUGUUUUUCUGGAUCCAAACAGACCCGACAGAAAGCCGUCAGCACCUGCACACCUCACCUGGCUUCUGUGCUCAACUUCUCCUUUGGCUGUUUUUUUGAGAUACUGCAGAGCAGGUUUGACAUGAGCAGAGUUCCCAAUGUCCUGCGUAUAAUUUUAUCUUUAUACUUUGUCACCAGUCAGCCACUUUUUAACCCAGUUAUGUAUGGGCUUAAACUGAGAAAAAUAUGUUUGGCAUGUAAAGCACUCCUCUUUAGUCAAAAAUAA